GUAUGGUCCAGACCGUAGACUGUAUGGUCCAGUCUUAUACUAGACUUUCACACAGUCUCUGGUCCUGACGCUGAUGACGUUGAGCAGCGCGCGCACGACGCACCGCGCACGGCGGCAGCUUCUAAAGUAAAGAUGGCGGACAUGAUGAGCUCGGAGCUGUCAGAGGAGAAGGAGCCUGAUGGUCGAAGGAGGAGGCACACACGGCCGUGGGAUGACUCAUAUAAGUCCGCAGAGAUGCCGCUAACUCCGGGGAACCCCGAAACUCUGGGCUUUUACGACGUUAGCCACGUUGGCGACUUGACAAGUGAUCAGCAGGAGCACUCCCCAGAUCCAUCGCUGUCACGCUUCAUUUGUACAGAACUCACCAGUGGCUAUUUCCUGGAGCACAAUGAGGCUAAAUACACAGAGCAGCGGGAGAGGGUGUAUACAUGCAUGCGGAUACCCAAAGAACUGGAGAAGCUGAUGCUGUUUGGCUUCUUCCUGUGCAUGGACGCCUUCUUGUACGCGUUCACCCUGCUGCCCCUCAGGGUGCUGCUGGCCACGCUCCGCCUCCUCACACUGCCCUGCUGCGGCUUUAGUGGGAGUCGACUGCUGCAGCCGGCCCAGGUGUGUGACAUGCUCAAAGGCCUGAUCCUGCUCCUGUGUUACUAUAUGAUGCACUAUGUGGACUACGCAAUGAUGUACCACCUGAUCCGCGGGCAGUCUGUUAUCAAGCUCUACCUCAUCUACAACAUGCUGGAGGUGGCCGACCGGCUCUUCUCCUCCAUCGGUCAGGACGUCCUGGAUGCUCUGUACUGGACGGCCACUGAACCUAAAGCCCGAAAGAGGGACAACAUCGGAGUCAUCCCCCACUUCAUCAUGGCUCUCUUCUACGUCUUUCUCCACGCUAUCCUCAUCAUGGUGCAGGCCUCCACACUCAACGUGGCCUUCAACUCCCACAACAAGUCUCUGCUGACCAUCAUGAUGUCCAACAACUUUGUGGAGAUUAAAGGAAAUGUUUUCAAGAAAUUUGGGAAGAGCAAUUUAUUCCAAAUGUCAAACAGUGAUAUUAAAGAAAGAUUCACCAGCUAUAUCCUGCUCCUCAUUGUGGUUCUGAGGAAUAUGGAGCAGAUGGCGUGGAACAUGGGUCAUCUGUGGAAGUUGAUUCCCACUGUCGUGAUGGUGGUCAUAUCCGAGGUUGCUGUGGACAUUAUCAAACACGCUUUCAUCACCAAAUUCAACAACAUCCGUGCAGAGGUGUACAGCGAAUACAGAGCCAGCCUGGCCUUUGAUCUCCUCAGCAGCCGACAGAAAAAUGCUUAUACAGACUAUAGUGAUUCUGUUGCCCGCAGGAUGGGCUUCAUUCCUCUGCCCUCUGCUGUUCUGCUGAUCAGAGUGGUCAUGACUUCAGUGAAAGUACAAGGAGCACUGGCAUACACUUGUGUGUUCCUCUUGUAUCUUGGACUCCUCACACUCAAAGUUCUCAACAGUAUCGUGCUGCUGGGGAAGUCCUGUGUCCUCAUUAAGAGAGCCAACAUGGAGGACAAACUUUAUGAGCAACCUGCAGCUUCAGAGAGCACAGCCACCACAGAGGCAACACAGAAUGACACAGAGCCAGCGCCGUGUUCUACUCCCACAGCCGAAUCCGUGGAGGAGCAGCUGCCCGCCACGCCCCCCAAACCCCCCAUCCCCAUCUCCUGCCAGCCCACCCCGCGGACCGACCUCUUCCCGCCUCCCCUCAUCGAGGUGCACGUCCCCGCCGUCGCCGCCACCUCCGCCAUCACCAUCACCGCGACCAUUCCAGACAACCGGCCCUCCACCCCGCCGCCGGAGCCUGAGCAGCCCAUCCCCUCGCUGUCCAAGGAGGAGGAGGGGGAACCAGGCGCCGACUCCGAACUGAGACAGAGGACUUCUAAGAAAGAGCUACUGGAGAUAGAUCGCUUUACUAUCUGUGGGAGCCGCAUUGACUAAAACUGAAGAGGGAUGGACAAAAUGUAGCGCUUAACCACUCAGGGAAGCCUGCCGGCAGCGGAUUACAGUAUUUAUUAUUGACAGUAUCGGCAAUACAUAAGUUAUUGGGUGGGUGAUGUUGUUGAACUUAACUAAUGGGUGAGAAUGGUGAAAAAGGGUGUGAAUGUGUAGCAGCUUUUUAACAUAGAUUUAAAGGUACACUGUGUAACCUUGUCACCAUGGAGAUAGAUGUAUGGCGUUGAACUAAUAAUAUAUCUUGCAUUUAUUCAAUUAGGGAUGCACCAAUCUAGCUUUUUCAGUUCUGAUUUUGAAACUAUAGACCUUUUUCACAAAGGCCAGAAGUGUCGCAAUGUAGGGUAACUGUCACUUACUUUAAUGCUUUUCUGUUGCAAAAUGUCUUGCGUAUUUUGCACCAGCUUCAUAAAUCAACAAAUCUUCAUCCAACAAGGUCGACAAAGGAAAUGUUCUGUCCGUGAAGAAUUUAUCCACAACUAUCAAGGUAAGAAAGACGAAAACUUAAAGCGAACAACGACGAGCAUUAGUGAACUACUCCUGAGCAAAACUAACAUUAUGGUCAUGAAUAAAACAUAAGUAAUAAGUAAUUCGUGAAUAAGUAACUUGUGAACUCAGACUGAUUCUACAGUUAAAAUUAAAAAUCAAUUUCAUGUUGUAGAUAUUGGCAUAGACAGAGAGAUUUGUGCAGAAUGAAUGCUACAGAUGUUCACAGAUUACAUGUCCAGCAUUUAAACUGCACAAAUCUCUCUGUCUAUGUUAUUAUCUACAUCAUGAAAUUGAUUUUUAAUUUUAAUUGUAAAAUCAGUCUGAGUUAACAAGUUACUUAUGUUUUAUUCAUGACCAUAAUGUUAGUUUUGCUCAGGAGUAGUUCACUAAUGCCAGUCGUUGUUCACCUUUAUGUUUUCGUCUUUCUUACCUUGAUAGUUGUGGAUAAAUUCUUCAUGGACAGAAUAUAUGAAGCUGAUGGAAAAUACGCAAGAUAUUUUCACAGAUAUUUUGCCAUAGAAAAGCAUUAAUCGUAAGUGACGUUUAUCCGUGCCCAUAUCCGAUACUAACAGAUACCAGUGUAUGGAUUGAAAACGUUUUCUCUCUAAAAUGUUAACAAAUGUUAUCAAAUUUUUAUGCAGUCUUAUUUAUCCUGCAAGUCACUACUGAAUAGCUUUGUAUGGAUUAAAGUUCAAACAUUAGGAGCUGCCCUUGGCCUAUAUCAGUCAGUACAUAAUACCAGUAUCUGUAUCUGUGCAUCCCUAUAUUCAAUUAUGGGUGUUUUUGUUUAGUUUUUUACUGCAAAGAAAAUCAUAUAUUCGUACGGUAAGCAAGACUGCCUCUCCAGUCUCCAGGGAUAGUUUAAUACUGUAUUGUGGAACAUUCUGGGGCAAAACAAUAACGCCUUCAUCUAGACUAGCAGGUGAGAAAAGUUACAUGGUGUACCUUUAAGUGCUUGGUUAGUGGUGUUUUGGACCAGCAAAAUGUGACACUUGAACUAUGAGUAACUACUUGCCAUGUUCAAGUUAAGUUUAUUUUGACUCAGCGGCUUGAAGUGCAAUAUGCCUUGUACGGAGCUCUGUAUGAUUUUUGCACUUAAUUUAUUAACAUGGCAAAAAGAAUCUAUUCAAAUGAGCCGUCUCAUUUGGAUUACUUGGUCAACAUUAUUUCCACAGUGGUUCAAAGUUGAAUUAUAACAUGAAUAAUCAUAAAUGCAAUGCAAUUCCUUUAUAUCUAAUAUGAUAUAGGGAGCAAAACUUUAUUUUUAGCUUCAGAAAUGCAAAGUAGUUUCGCUUAUACUUCACACAAAAAAGAAAGACAUUUUAGACUUUAAAUAACUUUUGGUAUACGUUUUAUACUGAAUUACUGAAUUUUAAAAUGUAUGUAUGGUAUUCAGUGGAGCUCAACAGUCUGACCCACUUCGAUGUCUGAAUUCCUACAUUUUCCUCAUAGACUUUUCCAAGAAAAUUUGAUAUUAAUAGUUAAAAGGCAUCGUGGUGGCUAAGCAGCAAUGUACAAACCAAUAUCGUAACGCAAACUACAAAGUUUAAAACACAAAAUUCUGUGAAAAUGUUAAUAAUUUUGCCAUUUAUAAAGAUUCACUGACAGAGUUUACAUAAAAGUAUAAGUCCUGUGGUCAUUCGUUACCACGUAGCGGAUUAACCCUGAGCAAGCUUUCAAACUUUUAAUAUCAUAAUUAUUUAGUGUAUGUAGAAAAUGGUCCGUUUACCAUUCGUCCUUUUGAAUUUCAAUGAAGAAUGAAAAACAAUAAAAUGGGAAAACAGUUUGAAAUCGUCUCAAUUAAAUUAACUUUAGACUUAGACAAACUUUAUUGAGUCACAAGGGAAAUGAUUUGAACACAAGCGCUCACACAUCACGAUAUAAUAACAAAGAGUGAAAAAUAUAUAUGGUAAUAAUAAAUUUCAAAUAAGUAGCAAAAAAGAUAGCAAGAGACAGGUGUCAAACAAAACAAAAAAAACUUUAAUUCUGUUUUUUUUUUGUUUGACACUAAAAUGGAAUAAUGAAAUAAACAGUUUUCCCAUUUUAUUGUUUCCCUUCUUAAUUGAAAUUCAAAAGAACGAAUGGUACACAGACCGAAAAUGAAUUGGAAAUGUAUUUCUGGAACCAGGGCGUGCGUGGUCACUGUUGAACUCCAUUAGCUUACACUAUUUAAUGACAAGUCAAAACUUCAUUUGUUUAAGUUUAAUGUUGCUGAAAGAACAGAUCUUCUCCAUUCCACAAAGGUGAAGAACAGAGUGACCAAAAAUGCCACUGCAAAAUAAUGUGUAAAAAUGAUUGAAUGACAAAAUGGUGUGCGUGAGCGUGUGUGUGAGUGAUAGAGGGCACUAGCACUUCAGUACAUCUACACAGGGAACCUAUUAUUUAUAAAUUAAUGACUCAGCUUCUGCUAAUUCAAAUGUGCCACCUGUGACAACCCGUAUUUACACAUUUCUGCAAGAUUAAGAAUGUCAUGUUUCAACUUGUUUUAAUGAGAGUGGUGCCAAUUUAACGUUUUUGCCUUAACUUCUUCAGCUGCCGAGCUUGUUGUAGGUUAAAAAUGGUCUCAAACAAGUAGCUUCAAUUAUAAUCUAAACUGUAAAAUGUUCUAAAACUACAAAUAUGACAAACAAUAUGAUGUAGCAUGUUAAUUAACACACAAUUUAUACCUGGAUCGUUUUCAGGAAGUUUUUCCAAAGUAUUCAAGAUGCACUAUGUAACUGAUGAUGGAGGUGCCACCUGCUUUUUUCCAUGCAGCUGUUAUUGCUUUUCCUGGAGUCCAAUUCAAGCAAAGCAAUAACAUCUCCAUGGAGACAAACCAGUAGCGAGCACUUUACUGCCCUACAAAGGCAAAAGACCUUAACUCAUCAGAGUGGGAAACUGAGAAAAAUGACUUCAAAGUUUCUGUUUUGUCCAGACAAAAUUAUAAUAAGCAGGACUCCCAAAAUUUGAUAACUAGUUGCUCUAAUGAGUAAAUAUUUGUAUGCGACAGAUACUGAGCUCAAAAUUGACCUUUGACCCUUAUUUGUCAGUUCCUGUUCUCUGCCUUUGUAUCAUGAACCAAAAAUAAGGAGUCGUGCAAAAGGCAAAAGGCAGGGACUGACAUGAUCAUUAUUUGCUUGAUUUUCUCUAGACUUCCAUUCAUUUUAAGAAAACCUCGCCAAGGUCGAGCCAUCAUGGUGUUUGUUUGAAAUGAUAUAGAAGACCUUUGGAUUUCAUAUUUAGUGCUGAUCAGGAUCGUGCGGUGACAAUUACACAGUUAAACAGUUUGACAGAUGAGUUACUUUGCAGUAUAGUGUGUACAGUAUGAGUAAAUACAUCAAAUACUUUCACAUUAAAGAUAAUUUAAGUAUAAUUGAAUACAAAGGUUUAUUUAUUUAAUGUGUUAAGACCCUGUGCCAAGGUCGCAACAAAAAGAAAGAGGCUAGAGGUUGGAAAUAUUUUAUCAACUAAAUCACAAACAAAACAAACACAGUCACUGCCUUUUGUCUUUGCACGACUCCUUAUUUUUGGCUCAUGAUACAAAAGCAGAGUACAGGAACUGACAAAUAAGGAUCAAAGGUCGAUUUUGAGCGAAAUAUUUUUCACGAUAUUUAUUCACAUGACAAAGGACGUCUCAAAUACAAACAAAAUAUUAGGGCAGUAUACCAGUAAAGUUACAGAGUACAUCUUUAAGCAAGUUCAAGCCAACAAGCACCAUUGCAUAUUAACUGUAAGAAGAAAUGUACAAUCAACCACAACGUUAACAGUCACCACUAAACCCAAAACUACCCAUACCGAGAAACCUGAAAUAACAUUAACAGUAUUUUCAAAUGCGAUUCAUCAAAGUGUAUAGAAGAACACAUUUGGAGUCAUGUUGUGGUACAGAGAUGAUGGCGGUAUUGUUUACACAGAUAAACACUGAGCCGUGUAGAGCGAUAAGACACAGACGCUUUUAUCUCUGUCACACAUGGGAUACGUUUCAUUACAUUUCAUUUUGUGCUCAGAAUGUUUUCGCACUGAAUAACCGCUCUGUCUUACAUCAGUUUUGCCAUUAAAGUUUACAUAGAAGUGAUGGGAGCGAUAUAUAUGUACCUACAGGAAUGCCUUUACAAUAUGCUUCAAAAUACUGAACCGCAUUUCAGUUUCUACAGAUUUCUAACAGCAGUUUACAAUGCCAAAUAGUUAUCAUACAAUAUGUCAUUGAUGCUAAACUGCCAAAUGUUCACUUCACUACACAUUUGUGUUUACUAAACUCUUUAAAAGUAUUAUGUAAGCAUGUACUGCAUGGCAUAAGUGCAUCUGAAAUCACAGUAGUCAACAUUCUGCAAAAGUUCAUGGAGAAAAAAAAAUGCUCUGUGCCAAAAAAUCUGAAAUUUGGGGUAGAAAUUUUGUAGAAUAUGCCGUUUUUAGAAUGAGAUUACUGUUUUAGAUUGAUGACACUAAAAAAUUAAUAAAUUACAUAUAAAAUACAUUUAAAUGCAGACGAUUUAUUUAGCAUUGUUGAUAAAAAGAUGUAUAUACUUGUAAGUGGUUCUGUUUUCAGAGCCUUGAGUGGUCUUCUUUACACAAGUGUGGCCCUGGUUUCAUGCACUUUUAUGGGGUUGUGUUAGCGGUGUUCCUCAGCAAGUUCUCACACACUGCCUGCUUUUUAUCUGCUUGGUUUACUGUGUAUUUAAUUAAUGACAUUUAUAUUGUGUAAAGUAUUUGUUUAUUUGGAUUAAUUAAAGUUGGUUUGUUAAUAA